GGUACACCAAUCACAGAGCAAUAUCCAGGACAACUAGUCUUUCGGCGAGCUGUCUACCAACCGCUUUCAAGCGGAUAACGCAACUGCCAAACCGUUGCGCCGAGAAAAAUGAAUCCGGCCCCUACCCAUGAGAAAUUUACCGUUCCCCCCGGAUUAAGGGAAUUGUUGCAGGAGUUGACUGUGGCACUACUUCGGGAGAGGCCGGAGGAUUUAGUGCAAGCAGCGAUUGAUUUUCUCCAAAUGAAAAAGGCCACCACUAAUAGCCGACCGAGUAAGAGUGGUGCUGCCAGUGAUGAUGACGAUGAAGAACCCAUGCCACCGAUGCCUCCGCUACGAGGGGCGCGUCGUGCUGGUGUGGCGGCGGAGAGUUACGACCCCGAGAAAGAUGACGGUACUCAGUCGGUUAAAGUUGUGCACCCGAAAACGGAAGAACAGCGGAAAAGAUUGACCAAUGCAACUAAGGAUAUUUUACUGUUCCGUUGUCUGGACGAUGAUCAAAUGAAGGACGUGAUAGACGCCAUGUUUGAGCGAAAAGUAAAGGCCGGAGAAAAAGUGAUCACUUUGGGUGAGGAUGGAGACAACUUUUAUGUGAUUGAGAGAGGUAUUUACGACAUAUAUGUGAAAAUUGAGGGUCAAGAAAAGAAGGUUGGUCAGUACGACAACAAAGGUUCAUUCGGGGAACUGGCUCUCAUGUACAACACUCCUCGGGCAGCAACUAUUCAAGCCACUGAAGAUGGUGUUGUCUGGGCCAUGACACGUGAAGUUUUCCGUGGCAUUGUGCUUAAGAAAGCUUUCGAGAAGCGCCGCAUGUAUGAAGAGUUACUCAAUCAAGUGCCCAUUCUAGAAAGUCUCAGUUCUUACGAGCGCAUGAGUAUAGCAGAUGCCCUGAAAACACGCAUAUACGAGGAUGGAAAACAAGUGUUGAAGCAGGGGGAUCCCGGGGACGAAAUGUACUUUGUCGAAGAAGGCAAAGUGUCUAUCAGAAUGAAGCGUGUCGGAGAGGAGGAAGAGAAAGAGGUUGCUGCAAUUGAAAAAGGAGGUUAUUUUGGGGAACUUGCCCUGCUAACAAGUCAUCCGAGAGCGGCAUCCGCAUAUGCUGUGGGACGCACAAAGUUGGCUGUUCUGGAUGUAGGAAGCUUCGAACGACUAUUAGGGCCUUGCCUAAACAUUCUUCGCCGCAAUAUUGACGGAUAUGAGAGAAAGUUAAAGGAUGUGUUUGGAAGCUUAGACAAAGUACCUGAACUGAGAUUGUGAACCAGGUGAUCUGUAUUCCAACCCCCCUGUAUUUUUGAUCGUUUGCUUGAUCGGCAUCAGAAGUGGUAAGUAUUAAAAGCUGUGAUUUUACUCAACCUGCAUAGACGUAAGUUCUUAUAUGCCCCGAGCCCCGGAUUGUUUUCACUUCAACAUUUAACUUAGUCUCUUAUACCCUCUCCUUUCAGUAACUCAAACAAUGUAUUUUUAUGUUGGGUGUUUCUCACUGCCAGUCGACAGAGGGACACGUAGACACACUUUUUCCUUCUGCCCUUCUACAUGACUUUCACACCUGCCGUUUAAUUAAUUACCACUCUUCGACAGUUCUUGAUAGCCAUGCGAAGCAUGUUUAAAUCCCUGAGCUACCGCAGUUAUUGUCCUAGCCCAGAAAAAACAGAUAGUUCUACCCUAGGAAAUCGGAAGCACCCUGCGACACUUCAACUCGGGGUUAUCUAAACAUCCUCAGUUUCUGGCUAUAUUAUUUCUCAUUCUCCAGCAUGUACAUCCACUCUCACUCGUAGAUAAAUGUUUCACGGAUACCUCAUCUCUCCACUCCUUGUUACCACAAUUCACUCGCACCGGUUCAAUUAUGCUUCUUCUGUGAGUAGUAUUAUCACCUCUGGAAUUUUCCAAGCUAGUUGAACUUUUGUUUUAGCGAACGUUGCCAGUUCCCCCCUCGUUACUAAGAGCAGCAUAUUCCUUAACUAACUGCCGUUGGCUGAAAGUACUUAUGUUGGAUAAAGAAAUUUUGAUCGACUGCUAUGCCUCUUGGAUUAUACGUCCGAGACUCUUAAGGAUGAUACUGCCGUUUGCUCAAUGUUGCUUAUAAUACAGUACUUUACUUUGAGUCCAGUUUUGUCAAAUUACAUGUUCCUAUAAAAUAAAUUCUCAACUCGUUGUUCUA